GGGACGCUCUCACUUAAACUUUGUGUUUAUUUUGUGUUAAGGCGCGUUAUCACUGUUUGUUUUUCCUAAGUUUAAUGCCAGGCACCGUCUGCGUUGUUACUAGCGGUAGAGUAGAAUAGCUAGCCGACGUCUUGUUUUACUCCAGGAUGCCAAAAAAGAAGAAAAACGGGCAGAGCCCAACCAGAGUUCCCGGAAUGUCCAAUAAUGCUGGGGUAGCUGCUGGGGACACUGGUACGGACAGGAUGGCGAAAAACAGCGUCCGUCUGCCCGCGGAUCCGAGCGUAGUUUUAGGGAAAGACGACGUGGUGAAGAGAAUGCAGGAAAUGUUCGCACACUUGGAUCCCGAGGUGGUUUACAUGGUGCUGGCCGAGUGCGAUUUCAAAGUGGAGAAGGCAAUGGAUUCCAUGCUGGAGAUGUCCGCUGAGACGGCUGAAUUUCCUCCUUGUAGUGUCUCAGGGUUCGAAACUGCUGCUGCACUUUUGGAGCCAAAACCACUGUUGGGUGACACUGUGCCUGAAUUAACUGCCAGCAGAGCCAUGGGGUUUCAGGGCAAGAACUUGGAUGGAAUUGGGACACACCUUACUGCGGAUUUCGACGUGCUCAUUGACAGGGAACUCGCCAGCAUCUCGGCAUUGUCUUCGACCUCGUCCUCUUCGCUGCCGCUGCCAGAGGCCCACCAGGCCCUGCCAGAGCUGCUCCAGUCCAGUGUGCAAUCCUUUCACGCAAACACUGGGGUCGGUGCCUUGAAUAGCUCUGGGUCCUGCUCCCCUCUGAGUGACCUCAGUGUUAUAAGAGCAGCAGGUUCCAAAGAGCCUCUGAGAGUAUUGGACUUUAGCCAUCUGACCUGUGAGCAUGCGAGCAGCAGUUCCUCACGGGCAGCACCUGACCACCCCUCUGCUUUCCAGGCCUAUAGAAAGGGCCCUCACGCUACAACCUCUGCAGGGGUGCAGUAUGCAAAAUCUGACCCCAGCGGCGUAAUGUCUCAACCCGUCGCCCCAUCCUUCGUCGUCCCAGUGGUGAAUCCGGGGCCUUGGAAUCCUCAGUGCGCCUCCUACUGGUUGGGCCACAGUUUUGCACAGCAGCCACCCGUGAAACUUGCAGCCACCGUACCAAAAUCCUGGACCAUGCCUACGGCCCCCAAACCUGUACCACUGUUCCGAUCGAACCGUUUGAUCGGACGCUUGUUGGUGCUGUUGAGGGGGGCCCCUGGGUCUGGAAAAUCAACACUGGCCAGGAACAUUCUGCAAGAGAACCCCGGUGGUGUGGUGUUAAGUACUGACGACUACUUCCAUCGUGAUGGAUUCUACUACUAUGACCCUUCGGAACUUGCAGAAGCACAUGAAUGGAAUCAUAAACGAGCCAAGGAGAGUUUUGAAAAGGGAUUAUCUCCCAUUAUUAUCGACAACACCAACAUGCAGUGCUGGGAGAUGAAACCCUACGUGAGUCUGGCUCUUCAGUAUAACUUCAAGGUCAUGUUUCGUGAGCCUGAUACCUGGUGGAAAUUCAAACCAAGAGAGCUGGAGAGACGCAAUAAGCAUGGGGUGAGAAAAGAGAAGAUCAGGUACAUGCUGGAUCACUAUGAACGCCAUGUCUCUGUGGACUCCAUCAUGCGUUCUUUUGGGACAAAGUCUCCGGUACCAGGUAGCAGUAGUGCAAAGCUGCCCCACGAAGAGAGCAGCCUGUCACAGCCUUCUUCAUCUGAUGUGAAACCAGACCUUGUGGAAGAGCCCUACCUAAACCUAGGGUCGAUGAAGGAAAACUUCCAGCUCUUCUCCUCCUUGCCAGACGUGUCUUCAGUUGGGGGGAGUUCCACAAAAGAUGAGGCCAUGGAUAGCAGUGUUGGAUUCUUUGAAAGCAGCCAUCCUGCCAGUGAGCUUCUGUUGGUGAAAGGGCAGGAUUCUCAUGUGGGUGGAGCUCCAGAAGGACACAGUGCUGAGCUGCAAGAGUCGUGGGCUACAGACUGGGACCCGGACAGCUGCUCGGGUACUUUGGAAGGAAGCCAGGGCUUGGCCUCAGAGUGGAUCCCAGAGACUGGUCAAGAGGACCGAGAGAAUGAUAAGCCUGUGGCCUUUUUUGAGUCAAUUAGCCAAAGAGUAAAGCGUGGCAGGGGCUGUGUCAUGCAGGCAGACACCACUGAUGAUGUCCUGCAAGACCAAGCUGCUCUCCGACUAGAGUGUAUCAAUGUAGGAGACACAAGAAGUGUAGACUCUGACAUUGUAGUUGUCGAUGAGACACAACCAGAGUUGAUGGAUUUUGUGGGUGACUGGCCCUUGGAGGCUCAGGAGCAGAGGGAGCAGAGGACGAGGGAAAAAGAUGGCUGGUCGCCUUUGGAGGAAGGCGGUCAGCUGGAACUGGCAGAGAGCUGCAGUGGUGGUUCAGGUGGGAACACUGGUUCGCAAAUGAUGGAGCUUCAGAAACUGCUGGACUUGUUACAAGUCAGUGUUGCCUCUUCCGGAAAAUGUGUGAAUCCCCCAGUGGACUCCCGUGGAAGCUCCCUGGUUGGUUCUGCGGCGCACUCAAGUUUUGAGGACUUGACUCUUGAAGCUGGCUCCGGUGUAGAAGAUCCCUUGAAUUUGUCCUUGUCCAGCAAAGAGGGAAGCCAGGGAUUAGGCAGGGAGAGCAAGCCUGAACUGCUGGAUUGUGUGGCAGACUGGAAAGAUGGCGAGGCGAUGGCUGAAAACGUGAUGCCACAGUGCCCAGCAGCAGGAGAAAGGGUUACCGCCGUUUGUGCCACAGUACAGGAAAACAACGGACUGUCUUUGACCAGGGAAGAUAGCAGUUGCUCUACUGGGAUAAAGAAGGAGUUCCAGAAUGGGAAAUUGGAAGAACUUCAAAGUCCCUCUGGGAGCACUGUUGGGAAGCCUGUAACUCCAGGAACUACAUCAGCAGCAGAGAUGGAAGGCAGCCCAACUGUUUCUUCACCCAGCGGUAGUCAGGAGCGUAGGCUCAGGCAGAACCGGAGGUCGGGGAAGCACUGCAGGCUAGCCCUCACCUUCUCUAACAAUAGCUCCUGUGCACCCCAGGUCCCACCUGAGUCACUUCCAUCGACUUCCUUAUAUGCAGCGUUCCCAGGACAGCCAGCAUCUAGCAGCACCAUCUGGAGUUACUCCGCUACACAGACUAACCCGCAGGAUUUUGCUCUGCUUUGGAGGCUUGACCGACAGUGUCAGACCAACACUGACGGCCUUGGAGUGAAGGUGAUGAAAGGAGAUUCCACCCGCUUUCUUCCCAAGCCAGCUGGAGCCCAGGAGUGCUCUAACUGCCCGGAUGUGCCAUACCGUGUGGUGCAUGACAAGGGUGCUCAGGUCGAGGAGCAGGAGCUAAGCAGUGGCAACAAUAAGCUCCAGGACUUGCAGAUCCUCAGCCGACACUUCAAGCUGGUCUCUUUUGAUACUCUGGAGGACCUGUAUGAAAAAUGUCACCAAGACAUGGAGUGGACCACCAACCUACUCUUAGACUCUGGUGAGCAGCUGUUCAAAGAUGAUGAGAAUGGAGACGCUCUAGGGCCAGAUAUUGUCAGUCGGCCCUCUGGGGAUGGUUCGCACAUGGCUGUUGAACCUUCUUGUACAGAUGCUCCGGUCUCAAAUGCUGAGCAGUCUGCUACCCUCAAUUGCUCAGAGGUCCAGAAUCCAACAUUGGAUGCUGACCUUCAGAUGCUGGCUAUACGUUCUAAGGAGGAAGUAGCCCACAAUGCUGAUGCUGAGCAGUUAAGUAUGCAGAAUGACAUGCUGACAUUGGAGAGCUCCAAUGGAACCAACGAACCAGUAUUCAAAGAGGGACCCAUGAAUUGUAUUCCUGUACCAGAGGCACCAUUGGCUCUUCAUUCCUCACUGGACAUCAUCAUGCCUCCAUCUAUGAGCUCUAGACAAGCAGAACUCCUUUUGGGAGAUCUGAAAGGGUUUAACGAGGACCAGAUUAAUGAAGCUGUUGCAGCAACUGCAUCACAGAAACCAGAGGAGCAGACUGUCUGUUGGGGAGUUGAAUAUGAGAGUAAUGUGACAGAUGACGCCCAAGUUGAGGAGCCUGUUAGCCUUGGGCAGUUCGAAGAGCUAAAUAAGAAAAAGGAGGAGGACUCGAAGGAAAAGCUGAAAGUGGAAGACCAGCAAGAUCGGCCUGCCAAGCAGCAAUGCAUGCCGGUGGAUAUUCAGUCCUUGGAGCUCAAGCUACCCACAGAACUCGCCUUGCAACUCAGUGAGCUCUUUGGACCUGUGGGCAUUGAUCCAGGUGCUUUGACCCCUGAGGACUGUGCAGUACAGAUCGAUCUGAACCUGGCCCGACUGCUACACCAGAAGUGGAAGGAUGCCAUACAGGAACGACACAGACAGGAAGCACUUUUCUACCAGUUGCUACAGGAAGGUUCCGUUCCCUUGGAAAAAUUUCAGUUUCUUAGGCCAGAUGGCUUGGCAUCCCUCCGUCAGCCAGACACUUUGGAAAAUCUGCCUUUCAUGGACCACUGGAAUGCCCCUCUGAGCCACACAUCCCUGCGAGACAUCAUGUUUGAGGAAGAGGCGCUGCAGCACAACCUGGAAAAGUACCGUUCAAACCAUGUGGAGCUGGGCAAGAGAGACGGCGCAGCCCUGCUGAAGGAGAAGCAGCUCUACAGCAUGUUUCCUGCGAUUGACCGUCACUUUCUCAAGGACAUGUUCAGGGACAACAACUAUUCUUUGGAGCAGACCGAGCAGUUUCUCAGGUCCAUCCUGGACCAAGGGCCGGUGAAGACCGUGGUGGCCCCAGAAGUUGCCUUGCUCAGGGACGCGGAGAGGAACCCCGGCAAAGAGACCGUGGGUAUCUUCACUCGGGCACUUGACUCCGCCAGACUUGCCCUCGAUGAGGCAACCAACCAUCAUCUCCCUCAGAGGCCGAAGGUGAAGGAUCCGGAGCCGCCUUGGGUGCAGUUCCAGGACACGGAGGACCCGGAGUACGAGGAUUUCCGUGCCGAGGCGGCGCUGCAGAGGAAGAAGCAGCAGGAAUGCUUCAGUAAAGCUGCUGAUGCCUACAGGCAGGGCAGGAAGCAGGUGGCCAGCUUCUAUUCCCAGCAGGGUCAUCUUCACGGGCAGAAGAUGAAGGAAGCGAACCACCGGGCGGCUGUGCAGAUCUUCGAGAGGGUCAAUUCCUCGCUUCUGCCUCAGAAUGUUCUGGACCUGCACGGACUGCAUGUGGAUGAAGCCCUUUACCACCUGGGAAAGGUGCUGGAGGGAAAGACUGCAGAGUGGCAGCAGGGAGGAUGUGGGCCUCAACUGACAGUCAUCACUGGAAGGGGGAACCACAGCCAGGGGGGCGUGGCCCGCAUCCGGCCGGCCGUCAUCGACUACCUCAGCAGCAAUAGCUACAGGUAUUCAGAACCAAGACCCGGAAUAGUGCUGGUCACACUACACUGACAUGUUGUCGUUGUGGGUUUUUUUUAACCAAUACUAUUAAGCUCGCUCGCUCUCUCACUCGCUCUCUCACUCGCUCUCUCACUCGCUCUCUCACUCGCUCUCGCUCUCUCACUCGCUCUCGCUCUCUCACUCGCUCUCUCUCUCUCACUCGCUCUCGCUCUCUCACUCGCUCUCUCGCUCUCUUGCUCACAUUCUCAUAUUGUUAGAAUUGCCCUCAUUUCCUCCCUUUUCCACUCUGAUUCUCUCCGUGUAAAUUUGCUAACAGUAUUUUCUGUUCCAAAAUUAGAACAGUAUAGUUUUUAUAAAAACUAGACUUUUUUUUUUAAUGAUGUACAGCAUAUUUUUACAUUUGCAUAUAUGAAUGUUGGACUUGCUUGCUUUUCUGCCAGCUGUAAGUGGCGUUUAUCGGAAUCGUGACUCUUUUUGUAAUAAUUUGUAGCAUUCUUAAUUGAACAGGAAACGGUUUUAAGUUUUAAAUCGCAAUGUGAGACAAAUUUCUGCUGAUUUCAUCAACAGUUAUAGUCAUUGGGGAAUCUGGCAGGAGAUUGGCACUCUCAUAUUAUUUUUUUAACAAAUGCAAGUGGUUGAUUUCCCCCCUCCAAAAAAAAGAAUUUUUUUUUUUUUUACUGAGAAUCAGUCUUUGAUACCUGCUUGCUACUUAAUUCCUCCUUUUAUGUGCAAUAACCUUAUUUAUGUUUUUUUUUUUUUUUUUUACCUUUUAAACAAUUUCAACAUAUUUUGAAUAUGUACAGAACAUUAUGUAAAACAUUUCUGAUACCGAUUUUACAGAUUUGUUAUUUGCUAAGAGAUGAAUAAAUGACAUUUGUAAAUAAACCUCUAAAAUGUU